CUCACGUUGAUCUCAUUUGUAAACACACUGCGGUCGCUGCAGACGCUUCUCACGGUUUGCCUGAAAAAUAUCCAUGACAGCCGCUGAGCAAUCACAGGGUCAGAUCAUUUUGUAUUUUUGUACGUAGUCGCUUGAUUUAAAUCUUUAGGCGUGGAUCAAAACAAGGGGCUAAUCCGUCGCUUUGCCUGCGUCCUACUUUGCAAUGCUAAUAUGUUAGCAACAGCCUUCAACAAAUCUCCAACGGUGAAGAAAAUGUGAAAUCGACUUGUCUUGCGAAAUCUGCAUCCUUCAGUGUCGUGUUUUUUGUUUUACAGGCAGUAUUGAGGAUGUAAACCACUAGCUUCCUCUUUGAUUUUUCCAGUUAGCAGCUGUUGUUAUUGUUUAUCAAGCCUUUCACUGCGAUCAUAACGGUGCUGGGUGGAUGGGCUUGACUUGUUUUUCCCACAGUGGAUACAAUUAAAAAGGUUUACCACUAGCCUGCUGGAGAAAAUGGUUCUGAGGAAUUGUUGGAAAUCUCGACAUAAAGGCGUCCCAAGAAGUCCUCGCCAUCGCUGGUUUUGUCCUGGAUUAACAUUCGUAGUUUGGAUCUGUGCAAUACACCUCGGUUGUGGCAAUGGGGUGAUGGGGGACACCAAAAAUGUGGUCCAAAAAGAUGCAGAGUUUGAUGUCACGUACAAUGACACUGUUACAAAUGAGAAUCAGACAAUCUAUGCUUUCAACCACACUGUCUCCAGGAAUAAGACGGAGGGUGUUCGUGUGACUGUAGAUGUCCUGUCACAAGCCUCAGAGAGUCCCAUUCUGUUUGUGGUCCGUCAAAAGCAAGCUGUCCUAUCUUUUCAAGUCCCUUUGAUAUUAAGAGGCCUAUAUCAAAGGAAGUAUCCGUACAAUCAUAUCGGGAGAACGUUGUGCCAACCUCCAACUGUGGUUGCUUCUGAGACCCAGUACUUCUUUGUGGAUGUGUCGACUUUAUCGAGUCAAGGCACCAACUACCAGCUCAGGGUCAGCCGCGUGGAGCGCUUCACACUACAGACGGACAAGAAGUUCAGCUUCACAGCGUCUCCUUCUCAACCCCAGUAUUUCAAGUAUGUUUUCCCCGAGGGAGUGGACACUGUUAUUGUUAAAGUCACUUCCGACAUGAACUUUCCCUGCUCCGUCAUGUCCAUUCAAGACAUACAGUGUCCUGUGUAUGACCUUGACAACAAUGUGGCCUUCAUUGGGAUGUACCAGACUAUCACCAAGAAGGGUGCUAUUACAGUUCAGCGAAAGGAUUUUCCCAGUAACAGCUUCUACGUGGUGGUGGUGGUUAAAACAGAAGAUGAGGCGUGUGGCGGUCCUCUGCGUUAUUACCCUCUGCGUCCAGACGAACUCAUCGAUGCCGGGAAUCGAACCAAGAUCCUGGAUGUCGUUGUAUCUCCUGCAAUUAAAACUGAAAUCUACGUGUUUGGGAUGCUCUUCUGUCUGGGGAUAUUCCUGUCGUUCUAUGUGCUCAUUUUGAUGGUGGCCUGUGUUCACAGCAAGAGAAUAAAGAAGAGAGAAAUUUUCCAUGAGCCGGACAUGUCACCUGCUGAGACGGCGUCUCUGCUUGGGAAGAACGGAGAUGGCAAAACCCCAGUCUCGCCCUAUGAAUACGGAUCCUUUGCCGACAAUGGCAGCACUCUCAGCUCAGAACCGAUCACCGACAGCGCCACAUCGACAGACAAUAACUACGGAUACAUGGGGCAGGAGCCUUUCAAACGUCGACCGUUCCUCAAUCACCUUCACCAGUUUGCCAUCCGCAUUGAGCGGUCUUUGGACAGUGUCGGGCGCAGCAGACAGGAGUCCCUCAGCUCUGUGGAGGAGGACGACUAUGACACUUUAGACGACAUCGACUCGGAUAAAAACAUCGUCCGUACAAAGAAAUAUCUCUGUGUGUCUGAUCUGGCUCGUAAAGAUAAGAGGAUCCUCAGCAAGAAAUAUCAGAUUUAUUUUUGGAACAUUGCCACUAUCGCUGUGUUCUACGCUCUGCCUGUGAUCCAGCUGGUCAUCACUUAUCAAACGGUUGUGAAUGUAACAGGAAACCAAGACAUCUGCUACUACAACUUCCUGUGCGCUCAUCCUUUAGGAGCUCUGAGUUCCUUCAAUAACAUCCUGAGUAAUCUGGGUUACGUGUUGCUGGGGUUACUCUUCCUCCUCAUCGUCCUCAAGAGAGACAUCAUGCACAAACGAGCUCUGGUCCGCAACGAUAUCAGCGCUUUGGAGUGUGGCAUCCCCAAACACUUUGGACUGUUUUACGCCAUGGGGACGGCGCUCAUGAUGGAAGGACUCCUCAGCGCCUGUUACCACGUCUGUCCAAACUACACCAACUUCCAGUUCGACACCUCGUUCAUGUACAUGAUCGCAGGGCUGUGUAUGCUGAAGCUGUAUCAGAAGAGACACCCGGACAUCAAUGCGAGCGCGUACUCUGCAUACGCCUGCCUCGCCGGGGUCAUCUUCUUCUCUGUGCUCGGAGUGGUUUUUGGAAAAGGGAAUAUGGUGUUUUGGAUCGUUUUCUCCGUCAUUCACAUUCUGGCCACGCUCCUCCUCAGUACACAGCUCUAUUAUAUGGGCAGAUGGAGACUAGACUCUGGAGUUCUGCGGAGAGUAGUUUACAUCAUUUACACAGACUGUAUCAGACAGUGCAGCGGCCCCAUGUAUAUUGAUCGAAUGGUUUUGCUUGUGUUGGGAAAUAUUGUCAACUGGUCUCUAGCUGCUUACGGACUCAUUAAGAGACCAAACGACUUUGCCUCGUACCUUUUGGCCAUCGCCAUCUGUAACCUGCUGCUGUACUUUGCGUUUUACAUCAUCAUGAAGCUGCGGAGUGGAGAGAGAAUCAAGUGUGUGGCGCUCGUGUGUAUUCUUUUCACCGCUGUCGUUUGGGGAUUUGCACUGUACUUUUUCUUCCAGGGUCUGAGCACGUGGCAGAAAACUCCAGCAGAGUCUCGUGAACAUAACAGAGACUGUAUCUUGUUGUCUUUCUUCGACGAUCACGACAUCUGGCACUUUCUGUCAUCCAUCGCCAUGUUUGGAUCAUUUCUGGUCCUGCUCACCAUGGACGACGACCUUGACGCUGUCCAAAGAGACAAGAUCUACGUUUUCUGAAGUGGCCUCAGUUUCAUUGCCUUACGCAGCUCAGACCGUUUGUCCCGAUUCAUUUCAAAAAGCACAGCCAGUAGCCUCCAGCCCUCCCCCUUUUGCCUCCAUUUUGAGACGAGCUGAACCAUUCGGACGCUUUGGUGCCAAUCCAAAACUCUGGUUAGAUGAUGCUGUGAACUCUCUGUCCGAUCGCUGCCAUCUUGUUUGAUAAAUGUUUACUUAACGCCGACGAUGUUCACUUGAUGAGAUAUUAGCCUGACUUAACUUAUUUGAUACCAGCUCUAUUACAGAAAACUCUACAAUGCAUUUUGAAGUGAAUUUAUAUGCUGUUUAUAUCGAAUGAAUGUUUCUAUAUCAGAGUAAAAGUCCUUUAUCCAUGAAUCUGUUUUGUCUGUGGCCUUGAAAACAUAGUACCAACUUUCAUAUUGUCAAUCCACGACCUCUCCGUCCGAAUACUGAUGAUUGUACUCUUCAAACUGCCCUCUGUCCCGGACUUUUGCACAGUAUUGUAAAUGUUGAGCGGUUACUGAAUAAAGGUUUUCUUUUUC